GGGCGCCAGCGGCUGGGCUGAGGGGAGAGGCUGAGGGGAGAGGCCGCGCCGGGCCGGGCGGAGGCGGUCGGGGCAGGCGGCGGGCGCAGCGCUCCUCGGCCGCCGCGGCGCUGAGGCCGCGUUAGGGCCCGUCCCGGGCCGGCGCUGGGAGCCGUGCGGGCGCUGGAGGUGGCCGGGCCGGUGCGGGGUGCCCGGGCGGCACGGCGCUGUCUUUGCCGUAUGCCCGCGGCCCCGUCGGAGCCUGGGCUCCUGCCCUCGCUGUCCGCGGGGCGGGCGGUCGCUCCGGCCGGGCCCAGGGCUCCUCAGGGAUCCGCGACUUCCCCCGGGCUUCAGAGAACAAAACAUUUUCCCGUUAAUGCGCGUUCGUGGGGGAGGAAACACCUUGUCUGCAAUCCCAGCUCCUGCAGUGCAUUCGCUUCAGAGUUAGGCUGGACCUAGAUCUAGAAGCCUUUUUUUUUAAUGGUAUGUGGAGUGUGUUCCACCCGGCAAAGAAACUUGCGCUUUGGCCAUAAUUAGAGAAAAUCUGGUGGAAACUGUUUUUGGAAUUUUAGGAGACUAUCUGGUGACAAUUGAAGAAAAGAGCAAAGCCACUUUCCUAAGAGCGUAUACGAACUGGAGGUGCAUGUCUGCAGGGAGUUCUCGUGUUUGCGUUCGGAUGGUUGGUCACAAGAUGGAAGAGUCAUACAGCGAAACCUUAAAAGAACAGAUGUCAAUUGUGGAAAUGCCACUUUCAGAUCCUCCCCUGUGCAUUUCAUGUUGUCCUGUAAACGGAGAUCUUCUUGUGGGCUGCAAAAAUAAACUAGUCAUGUUCUGUUUGAAAUAUCUGGUCAUAAAUGAGAAUUUGACUGUGCUAGACUUCGAACGCUCCUUAAUUUUACACAUUGAUAACUUCAUUCCUGCUGAAGUUGCAUUUUGUGCCAGACAUAUAGCCGUAACAACAGAGCUGGAUGUUCUGAUCCUGAAACUGGAACUGGUCGAGCAAAGUGCAGACAGGACAGAGCAAUGCGCACAUAACGUUAGCACGCUAGAAAAACCUGUGGAUGGAGGUGUAAGAGAUGAAGACCCUUCAUCACAUACUUCGCAGCUGGAAUUAGAUGAGUUCAUCAUAUGUCAGAAGCCAGUGGAGCUGCUUGGGGAAGAAAGUAAGCUAUGUGAGAUACCCAUCACGCUGGAGUCCACAGAGUUACCGACAGAAGACACAAAGCGCUUCCAAGUGCGGUAUCUGCUUUUCAGACGUUUUACACCCGACCAGUCGCCUUUUGGGUUUUGUGAAGAGACAAAGCUGCACUCUGUUCAGCUGCUUCCUGUAUACCGGACAGGAGGUUCCGUGACUGCCCAUGAGGAAACUGAGAACGAGAGAGAACUACUGAGUCUCUUUUGCUUUUUCUCUUUACCUCACGUUGGAUAUCUCUACUCUGUUGGGAAGUUAGUAGAACUGAUUUCUACUUAUCAGUAUUCGGAGAAGUCAGAGCAGGCAGUUCUCACUCCACAGUUCCUGCACGUCAUUACAAGUGAGAAACUGCAGUGUUUCACAGUGCGGUGCAGUGCAGCAGCAGCUCGUGAUGAGGAUCCAUAUAUUGAUACGACUGUGAAGGCUUGUCCACCUGUCGCACUGGAUGUCUGCACAUUAAGAAUGCAGCUUUUUAUAGGACCCAGAGCUAUCUGUCAUUUCAAAAACCAUAUAAUUCUUUUGACUAAGGCGGACUCAGAAGACAUUACUGAGAGAAGAAAGCCUACAAGAAGGAUGCUUUCCAGAAAGGCUGACAGCAUCAAAUCCAGAACAAAUUCUGAGUCAGAGCCUGGCUGGAAUUUAUAUAUUAUAAACACUGUUUCAACCAUUCAGCUUUACAGAGAAAUGGUAGAUUAUAGUAGAACGUAUGAAAAUGUAAAAACUGAGAGUUGCAUCCAUCUUCUAAGUGAGGCUCACUUACUGGUCAGAGCAGCUAUGAUGGACCCUAGUUUCCUUAAAUCAGAUGAGAAAGAAGAACUUCUAAGAGCAUUCAAAGAAAGUUGUGCCUUCCUAGGAGACUGCUACAGCAGGUUUGACACAAAGGAUUACCACCUUGCUUUGCCAUACUACAGAAUGUCAGGUUUAUCCAUGACUGAAGUUUUAAAGAGACUAGUUUCAGAAGGUGAUGAAAUACAGACAUAUGAGAGAGGACUUAUAUUUUACUUAACUCAUUCUCUUAAUGAAGACUUAAAUGAAGAAUUAAGUAAGGAAUCAGCAAAUAAAGUUCUCCGAAUAUUCUGUGUUGCUGACCCUGUGCAGCUGCCGCAUAUCCUCUGCAGCCCCUGCAUGACAAACGUAUGUCCUUUGACAGCUGUGAAGUAUCUUCAGAAAGUAGAAAAGAUGAUGCCAUCAGUGGUCCUGACACUUACUAAGGCUUUCAUGGCUCUGAAAAUGGGAGACCUGGUGAUGUAUGAACACGAGAUGGACUCCUAUAAGGAGACGAUACUGGCCUGUGGCUUCAUUGGGCAACCAAAACUCUUGAGACAGCGUAAGGAAGGAAUUGUUAUUCCAACGGAGUUUGCUGUUCACCUGAAGGAGAUGCAGCCGGGUUUACUGGUGGCUGCCAUUGUGGCUUUACAUGAGAACAAUAAAAUUGAACUGGAAGAAGCAGAUACCUUUUUCAAGGUGUUGUGUAGUAACAGUGAAAACACCGUUCCUCAGCUCUUGGUGGAUUUCUGGGAGGCUCUUCUUGUAGUGUGCUCUCAGGAAGAAAUACUUCAGGAGCUUUUAUUGAGGGUUACUUCUCAGUAUGUUUGGAGAAUAUCAAAGCAGCAACUUCCUGAGACCAAGCCGCUGAAAACAACAGAGGAUCUGAUAAACUCCUGUAAUCAUUUUGGGUUGAUUUUCCCAUGGGUAACUUCGAUAAUGUCAAUGGGCGCUCCAUCUGAUAAAGAUUACCAUGAAGAUAUCUCAAAACUACAGUCUCUUUUAUGUAGUCAGUCAAUCGAUAUAGCUUCAGCUCUGCCUGUCUUGGAGCCUCUGACGGAGGCUGGCGAUGUCGGCCUCACCAUCCGUGUGCUCUGCAGUACCCGUCUCGGCAAGUACGAGGAAGCCAUUGAGCAGCUUCUCGAAAAGUGUCCUGAUGCAGCUGUAUCGUACGCUCAGCACGAGCUGAAAGAUGACAAUCGGGCUUUGUGGUGGAACAAGCUGCUUCCUGAACUUUGCAAGAGAGCCAGACUCACUGGCAAUGACUGCCCUGUUCUUAUUUCAUCACUGAAAGAAACUUUAUCAGUUGUUGCAAUGGAGCUGGAACUAAGGGAUUUCCUCAGUCUUCUACCAGAAGAUGGAACUGCAGCAUUUUUCCUGCCACAUCUGCUUCACUGCAGCCAAAGGAAGCUGCUGACCUAAACCAAGGAAAGUCUACUAUGCGCUCAAACACAAGGGAUGUGCUGGAAUGAAACAGUAAAUGAAACGAACAGUAGAACUACGUAUAAGGUCCUGUGGGACGUAUAAGGUACAGGGACUGUAAAUCGGCUUAUUUCUCAGUUGAAACCUUACGACAGCUAGUGAAUGGCAGCUAUUGUCUGAGGCAAAGCAUCUGUUUUGAAGCUAAUACUGUUAUGCUCUGACGGAGGCAGCAGACCAGAACUGGAGGGUGGUUGGACUGGUAAAAGCACAGCUAUUUGGCUCUUGGGCAGGGUCGCUCAUCUUCUCCAUGAGGGUGAACUUACGGCCAAGGCAGCUAAAAAUACAGACUGUACAGAGCGCUGGGGCAUGCAGUGCUCACUGAAAGUACAGCAGUCCCAGGUCUGUGUUAGCUGGUUGGAGCACUGAGCUGAGGAGGAGUUUAAGCUCCGGCAUGUGGCUGACGGUAGGAGUGCGUGCCUUACGCUUCCAAGGGGAACUGGGCCCCACUUACAUUCCCUUGAAUUCCAGCUGGCAAAACCAGUCAGCUGUUCUGUUGUCUUAAUUACAUACCCAUGCAAGUGUUACACUGAAGAUGUUUUCGUCUAGCAGUUCACAAAAAAAGGCCAUAAAUCAAAGAGAAAGAGAAGUGUUCCCAAGGGCAGUGGAAGAUACAAACUUCUGCUUGCUUGCUCUUUUUUGUUUUCUUUCUUCUCCUGUUGUGCUCAGUCAGUAGACAAGUAUUUGAAGUAUCACUAGGUCACAAAUCCAGCUGAAAACUCAUUUCUUCUAGGUUUUUUUGGUAAGCAUCUCGGGUACUAGUGCAGGUAUGUACUGCUGUUUGUCUUUCCAGAAAACAUCCUUCUGUUCCUUCAGCUAGAAUUCAAUCAUAAUAAACUGUCACAGUGUUUAUGA